AUGGCAACUUCAACUUCAUCACUUCCCAAGGUCCACCAAGCACUGGUCCUUCAUUCCACACGAGACCCCUAUGACAUCUCAGUCGUCACCCAGGAUACUCCUCAGCCAUGCCCCGGAAGUGCUGUGAUCCGCGUUCUGUCAGCUGGAGUCUUGACCUACGCAGACCGAGUUUACAGUGGCCACAAACCUUAUCCCUACCCUGAGCCUUUCGUCAUAGGUUCUAGCGCCAUCGGUCGCGUUGUCGCUGUCGGGCCUGAUGCCACUUCUCUUAAGCCUGGACAGCUUGUCUUCUUCGACAGCUUUAUUCAGGGGCGAGAUAACCCUAACUCGCUUAUCCUCCAUGGUCUGUCCGGAGGCUUUGACACCGCGAGUAAUAAACUCAUGGAGGGUGAGUGGCGAGACGGUACCUAUGCGGAGUACGCCAAAGUUCCUCUGGAGAAUUGCUUCCCAUUAGACGAGAACCGACUCACUGGCAAGCGAGCUGACGGGGGGUUUGGAUACUCAAUCGCAGAUUUGGCCUAUCUUUGGACCAUCUCGGUUCCAUUCGGAGGGCUCCAAGAUAUAGCCAUCAGAUCUGGCGAGAAAGUUAUCAUUAGCCCUGCUGCUGGAACUUUUGGAAGCGCCGCUGUUCUCGCUGCUCUGGCCAUAGGAGCUCAAGUCAUCGCUGUUGGUCGCAACCGUGAAACUCUGGAUAAGGUGAAAAGUUUGGAUUCCGAAAGAAUUAGAACAGUUCUGAAUACCGGAAACGUCGAGAACGAUGUCAAAGAGCUGACCAAAUAUGGUCUGGCGGAUGCUUUCUUUGACAUCUCUCCCGGAAAAGCUGUCAGUAGCACUCAUUUCAAGAGUUGUAUUAUGUCGCUUCGCCGCGGUGGACGGGUGAGCUUGAUGGGCGCACAUGGGGAACUGAAGCUGCCUACUCAGUUCAUCAUGCUCAAUGACAUUACGGUCAAGGGGAAAUGGAUGUAUACCAAGGAUGAUAUGCGCAACAUGAUCAAGCUGCUGGAAGCAGGGUAUCUGAAGCUUGAUGUAGCGCAGACUGCUGGUAACUUUCCCAUGGAGGAGUUUGCGGAGGCAUUUGAUAAGGCAGCCAAGAUCAGCGGCCCUCUAUCUCAGGUCCUCAUCUCACCUUGA